UCCUCCUCGAAUCAGUUCCCCUACCUACCGGUAUCCAGUUAUGUUGUGGAGAACGUUGCUCGGGCAACAAUUUGUUUGGACUUUUGUUUUGAGAGAUAUCCCGUAGGAUCAGUCGUUCCAUAAAGAUUAUAUGGAUAAUAUUACAUUAUCGAUCGUGCGUGUAGUGAUCGUGAAAAGUAGUUUCCGCUUGUUUUCUUCGAUUUUUCGAUAACUUCGUUCAGUACAUUUACAUUCCAGACCCACGCGUGCUUCUUAGUACGCAGGAUCAAAUGCGUUUGAUGAAUACAUCCGUGAAAAACGUGAAAAUAUUUUUCGGUAAUCAACAUUGUUGAAAUUAGUUUCAACGAGAUUUCUUUCUGGAAUUUUCAAUGAUCCAAUCAGGAAUGCGGCGCGAAUCGUUAACGGAAAAUGGACAUUAAAGAAGUAUGUAAGAGUAGUAUAGUGAAUAGCGGAAUGGGAUCUGUGCAUACAGCCAUAUUGAAAACGAUUAGUUUUCGAAGGUGAUUUCGCGAAAAGUUAGAAAAGAAAACUAUCGAAUCGCGAUUUAUUUUCCACCGUUAGUGGUUUCUUUGCUUCCUUUACGGUCCGUGAGAGAGCAGACCCACCUUCUGACAGGUGGAAUGUGGGGACCUAACAUAGCCGUGGGGUCCGACAAUCGCGAUCGCAGCGACGUGAAGCGACUUGUUCAGGAACGGGCGAAGAGAAGGACGUUGGUCGUGUUUAUCCUCGGCGGGAAGGGGCGGAAGGAGGUUCCGGAAGAUAUUCCCCGGUUUUUCGUGAGAACCACAUCUCUCCGCCAUCGUACGUGAGAAUAACUGGCAGAGGUCGGCCUUGAGGUGUGGAAACACAACGGUCGGUGGUUGUGCGCCGCUGUGUAGUAUAGUAAUCUCGAAGCGGGGGGGAGCUCGGCAUCGCGCAGAGAGAGAGAUUUAUUCGAGUUUCACAAGCUCUCUCGAUCACCGGCACCGGUCGUGACCUCGAUAGAGCUCAUCCACCUGGUUGUGUUGGAUAACUCGAAGCAGCAGCGGCAGCCGCCGCCGCCGCCGCCACCACAGGACCCUGAAAGAGUAGCAGUGCAGUCGCGUGUCGAGGAAGAGAAAGAGAUAGAGAUAUUUUCGCGGUUCGGGAGAGAAGGAUGAAAACUAUGGGCGACGUGGUCGCGGAUCCCAUCGAGGAGGAGAGCAGCGUGGAAGGCACGGCGCAGAAUCCGACUGGCGGGAAAGAAUUCGGCCAGAAGACGCUCAGGUCCUUGAGGAGGGGGCUCGGCAGGCUUUGGAGGAGGCAUCGUGGCAAUGCCUCGAUCACCGAGUACGACCCCUGCUACAAGGUCGCUUAUCUUGGGAACGUUCUCACUGGAUGGGCCAAAGGCGAGGGCUGCGUGGAGAAACCUGUGUCGACGUUAUGGCGCAAUUACGUUACCAGCAGCAGGCCGGACGUGUCGAUGAGGCUGACGGUCACGAACGGCGGUUUGACCGCGACGACCAAGGAUCACGGGCUGACGGAGUACUGGGCGCACAGGGUCACCUAUUGCACCGCGCCCGCCUCCCACCCGCGUCUCUUCGUCUGGGUGUACAGGCACGAGGGGCGCAGGCUGAGGCCCGAGCUCAGGUGUCACGCCGCCCUGUGCAGCAAGGAGUCCACCGCCAGGAGACUCGCCUCGACCUUGAACGCCAGGUUGCAGCAGGCGCUCCUGGAAUUCCGACGGGACAAGGUCUCCAGACAAAAUGCUAGGUUGUCGCUAGCAAACGCUCUGUACGAGAACCCAUCAUUGCCGCGGCGAAAGUUGCUUCUGAGCACGGGGGGCCAGAAUUACCGGCCCCCCCUCGAGAGGUCGAAGAGCGCGCCGAAACUGUCCGCGAUCGAGGAGGACAUAGUCGCCGAGGAGAUCGAGCAGCAGAGGAUUCUUGACGAGUUGAGAACGUUGGAAAACUGCGUGGCGCGCAGUUGGCAGGAACAGGACAGCUGGAGGCUCGCCCGGCUGCUCGACGCUUUGAACCGCGAGUCCUCGGACGAGAAUGGAAGCAUAUCGAGCGGAUGCGAGACAGCGAGUACAGCGACCAGCGAAGAGAGGGCGCCAGCUGGAUUGGACGACCACCAUCACUCCACAGGCGAUGGAACGGAACAGCAAACGGACAGAAGGGCGAUGUUCCCGAGCGAGGCGGUGGCCAGGACCGGCCCAGGACCUCGAAGAAACUCGGAGGGCUCCCCAAACUUCAUGACCUGCGCGGGGAGUCCCCGUUUCCAUCGUCGAAACGUGGUCGUGCACGGGGAAAGGUUCUCGGCCCGAAACGACGAGGAGGAAUCGAUGGAGGAGGAGGACGAGGAGAUGGAGGACCCAGCGUCCCAUCACGUGUUCGACUUCGAGGACGUGGAGGAUUUCGACGACGUGGUCGAUUACAGGCCGAGGGGCGAGAUACUGCGCAGGCUGGAGGAUCCACAGGAUAGGGAGAGACGAGUGAUGGAGAAGUAUCCGGGCAGAAUGAACCACGACCUGUUGCAAAGCGACGAGACACCGUUUCUAACGUUGGACUCCCUGGACGAGGAGGUGGACAGCGACGAGAGCGGUUACGUCGAGGCGCCGCCGAAAUCUUUGUUGGGCCAAGACGACCCGAGGAAGGAGGAGGAGGAGGGCGGUGACAACGUGGAACGUUCGCGUCAGGGACAGGAAAAAGUGUUGACGAAAAGCGAAGAUUCCAAAGAAACGAAGAACAUGGAAGUGGAGGAAGGAGAGGUGGAAAGCGAGGAAGAAGUGGAAACCUCGAAGAAGGAUCCUCUGUUGACGGCGGUGGAGAACAAUCAGAGGAUUAAAGAGAAGGAAAGGGAGAGGAGCGAUUUUAUUAAGUGCCCUAUCUCGGAGACUAUCAAGAAACUGGCGAACGCGUCGUUGAAAAGCUCCAAGUCUUUAGAAAUGACUACGAACAACUGUUUGAAAGCUUUGAAUAAUUUAAAGACGUCAAAGUCGUUCGACGGUGUUAAGGCUAUCUCGGAGAUGGAAGGUGAAUCACCGAGCCUUCAUCAGAGGAAGAAAUUGCUCGCUCAGCAAGGAGUUAUCGUUUGAAAGCUUGUCCAAAUAACGAGUAUAUAUAAAAUAAUAAAAAAAAGGAAGCCUAAAGAUUAAAUCCAGGUCUGUCCUUUCUCUCCGGUGGAACGAUAGGCCACUGUACAUCACGUAUAAUAGACUCGUUACGUCGUCAUAUUUGUUAGAAAAUUUUGAAACGGUAGAAAACUUUAUGAAAGAAUAAUAAUCAAAUGGUAUAGUUAACGAUGUUCGUUUUGUUUAAUCAAUAAGAGUUUUUAGUAAAACUGUUAUUGUGUCUAUGUUAUUGAUUUAACAGAAACGAAAUGCGGUUAUCGUGAGAAUAUGUGUUUGUAGAAUUUGCGAGGAUAUAAAUAUGUUGUUCUAUCGAAUUGUUGAGAAUCAAAUGAUUUUUAGGAGGGGGGGGGGAUGGAAUUCGAUAUAGUUUAA